AAGCAAACAAUAUUAAAAAAAUUAAUUUUCAUAUCUGCACUAAUAACUUAGUUUAGAAAGCAUAGACAAAAGAUUUAGAUAGAUAUACAUAGAUACAUAGAUAUUAAGAUGAAUAACAAUAAUAAUUAUUAGUAAUUACCUCCUGAUGUAGGCUAGCCUCCUUUAAUGUACCCACCAUAACCCCCAUAAAUGUAUCCUCCACCCCCUGCCGAAUAAAAUAAUCCUCCAAAUUUUUAAAACUAUCCUCCUCCAUAAAGUUAUCCUCCUCCUCCACCAUAGAAUUAUCCUCCUCCUCCACAAUAGAAUUAUCCUCCUCCCCCACCAUAGAAUUAUCCUCCUCCACCAUAGGAUUAUCCUCCACCACCACCUUAAAACUAUUCUCAACCCCCCUAAAUGAUUUAGCCUUAAUAAUAAGGAUAUAUUCCUCCUUCUACUACAGCUUUUAACUAAUAGCAAUAGCAAAUGUAAGGAAUUUAUCCUAGAUCAGCUAAUAAUUAAAUUGGUCCUAGCAUAAUUUAAUGUCCAUAAUGCAAUUAAGUUACAACUACAGUUGUAAAUAGUUAACCAGGUAGUGGUACUUAUUGCUGCGCUUGCUUACUAUUUUGUACCUUCACAAUUUGCUGCUUUAUUCCUUUUUGCAACGAUGACUGUUAAGAUAAAAUACAUCAUUGCGCUCACUGUGGUGCAUUAGUUGGAAGACAUGAGUAUAAACCAUGCUGA